GUUUUGGUUUCCCGUUGAAACACGGCAACUGCCACUGGGCUGCUUCGCCUGCAUUUUCCGGCCAUAGCUUUUAAACGGUGGCACUUCGCCAGCGCUUCCGCGACCCUCCGCAAUGCCGGAGGAGGUGAAGGCGUCGUCACGUGCGCCGCAAUGGCUUUGCUUGGCAGCCCCAUCGGCUCUAACGUUAGGAGCUCUUGCCUGUAGCCUCACGGCGAUGAGGGUGGCUUUCGCACAGCAGUGGUCUUCGGCCGCAGGGUUGAUCAUCGCAGCAGCUGUUUGCGAUGGUUUGGAUGGGCAUGUUGCGAGACUUCUGGACGCUGUGACUGUCUUCGGUGGCGAGUUAGACUCCCUAGGCGACCUGGUGAACUUCGGAGUGGCGCCGGCGCUGGUGAUGUUUGCCUGGGCAGAUCAGUCAUCACCAGGCGGUGUCGACAGCACCUGGGACGUGGCCUUGUGGGCGUCGUGUGUGAUUUUUUGCCAGGCUUGCGCCUUGCGCUUGGCGCGCUUCAACUGUUCUCCUGGUGGGCCUGCAUAUCAUCCACCGCCAGGCGAGGCCUUGGCCGCAGCCUCCUCAGAUGGCAGCACUGAUAGUGCUUCCUUGACCGAAACCUCAUCGAGAGGCGCCUUUAUUGCCAGAUCCAAGUUCUUUACAGGGGUCCCAGCGCCGAUGGGUGCCAUGUUGGCCCUGUUGCCCCUCUUCUGGCAGCUGGAUUCCAACGAGAUUCCAUUCGGUUGGAAGGCUCACCAGGUGACUGUGGCAGUGCUUUUGAUCUCUGCAGUGCUGAUGGUGUCGCAUCUGAAAACUCUUAGCUCGAAGAUGUUUAUGCGUGACCCGAAAAAGGCCUCGCAUCUUCGUAUCCGCUCGCCCUGGGAGGGCAUGCUGAAGCUUGCUGGUGUCUUGGGUGCUGUGGCUGCCGCCUUCCUUUGCUCCCCGUGGAGGAUGGUGCUGGUCAUGGAAUGCACCUACGUGGUCAGUUUAUUUGUUGGCCCCAUCGUCUAUCAUCUCCUGGCAGAAUGAGCGUAAAAGAUGGUGGAGCCAGCUGAUGUACAGAUUCAACUAGGUGAGCAAGUGCGAUGAACAUCUCGAUUGGCUCAGGACCAAACUAGCCAUUGCACGCAUGGCCAGGUGCCCAUGAUCAGUUUCACAGCUUGAGGAUCGCAUGACUGAAGUCCGAUGCGAGCCAGAUCUAGAUGGAGGUUGUAAACUGUGUUGAAACAUAUUUUUCCUGCAAGUUUGAGACUGCAUUGAUUGCAAC